UUGACAGUUCGUAGGACUGUUGAUGUUUGUUUCAAAUUAUAAAUAAAUAAUUUCAUUAUGAACACCUAUUUAUCAGUUUUUGUAUGAAACAUUAAAUUACAUAUAUUGAAUAAAGCAUUCAUUGCUGUUGUUCUUUCGACUGAGUGCCUGUUAUUGGUUCACAGAACACCAAAAUGAGUGAUAUUUCCAUUCUACCUCCAGAGAUUCUACUUAAUAUUUUCGAGUUUCUUGGACACAAAGAACGUUUGGCAGCUGCCUGUGUAUGUAAACAGUGGUAUGACUUGGCAUUUAGCCCGAAAUUUUGCAGACAAUUGGGUCUUCAGCUGAACACGUCCAGCAAAUUUACUGCCCUCAAGGAUAGCAUUUUCUGGAAGCGCUGUCGAAAACUAUCAGUACGUUGUGACGAAAUCGAUACUGAAAGUAAGCAGGUACUGUUGCAACUCUUACUGGACGCACCAUUAGAAUUGUUUCACAUUCAUGGAAAUACCACCGUUGUGAAGGAAUUACUUUGCAAUGAUAUGCAGCACAUGACACAUCUAAAUCUGUAUCUGGUACACAAUGUAUCAUCUGAGAACCUAACGAAGUUCGAUAUAAAUUUUGAAAGUGUAAAAUACUUGAACUUGCGCGCACCUUCUGGGCGUUUUAUUACAUUCAACAUCAAUUGUCCCAAUUUAAUUGCUCUCAAUAUGGUCGUAGUUAACCAUGACUGUAUUUCCGUUAUUACUAAUCUACGAAUGCAGUUGCAAGUACUGGAAAAUUCAGCUCCGUCCAGUCGGUUCCUUGGAAAAUUAGCCGAGGAACCCUUUGUGAACUUGACUACGUUGAGUCUUUGGGUAACUCCACAUGGUAACGAUAUUGAACAGAUGCUUGAGAAAGUUCCGCGGUUAGAAGAUCUUUGUCUCAAUGUUGGCUACACUGAUACAUGUGUUGGUGCGUGUUUUGGUAUAUUAAAACAUUUGAAACGAUUAACCUUGGUUGGAAUAACUAUCAAUGUGGCAGAUUUUUUUGGAACACUUAAUAAACUCAAAAAUCUCCAAGUACUAUCGCUAGAAAGAUGCAACUUCCACACUGAGCCAAACAACGACGAUACAUUGAUUGCGUCGGAAAGCGUGACUAGCUUUAGAUUGAGUAACGAAAGUGAUAAUUACAUUAUGCCGUGCUUUCCUAAUCUUGAGGACUUAGCAUUCCUAUACAGUUGCCAGCCAGCUGUUGAUGUUCUUGCGAUAAUUUGCCAGCAGUAUCCAAAAUUGAAAAAGCUGAAUUUCGGAGGAAAUCCUGGUCUAAUCAGCAUGUUUCAUACGGGGACAUCCAUAAUCCACCUUAAGAAGCUUCAGCAUCUGAAAAACAUUCAGUUCAGUCGAAUGUCACUAGAAAACUACGACUGGAUAUCGUGCAAUGGUUUGAAAAUCCCGAAGCUUAGGCUGGUUGGUUGCAUGAUCGAUGGAACGGGAGCACUUCAAGUCGUACAAACAUUUACCGAACUCCGGGAGUUCUUCAUCGACAACAGUUAUCUUCGGCAACCAUCUGAGGUAUUCGAUAUUGAUGAAGAUUGCACUAGAGGAUUGCGUUCGUAUUUGCCUCACUGUCGAAUGUCCUACUUUGAUUGUCAUAUCGAGGUGCCUUACGAUAUGUGUGGAGGACGAAAACGUUCGUUGCAAAGAUUAAUUCGAUAAUGUGUAAAUAUGUUAAAUUAUUUAUAGAACUUUUAAAUAGUAGAAGUACUCAGCAUAGAAACAACUAAUAUCGAUUAAAAAAAGUGCUCAGUACAGAAGCAUCCUUUUACAAUUUACUGUUUUUUAGGCCGAUUGGCGGAAGGGAGGCGUUCGUCCUAAGUCUCAUUUUACUGUAAUGGUGCACAUCCGGUCUUCGGAACGCGACCAAACGAAUUGUAGAUUUUCAGGACACUCAACAUUGAUCCGCCACUCUCCAAUCUCUGCACUUCUAGUUAAAGUUGUCUCUUCCACAGUUCUACGAUCAACAGUAAUAAUGUUACAAUAAUUCGCAAAAUUAAAAAGCGUGUGAGACUUAUGAAGGGUUCGGAUCUUCGAAUUCGCACUGUUAAACAACAAAUUAGAAAGCACAUUACCCUGAUUCAAUCCAUCUGACGUAACGAAUACAGCUGUUCUGAGACUUGAUUUCGAUCCAUCGUUCGUCACACGAAACUAGUCUAAUCAACUUUGUCGGAAAUCCAUGCUCUAGUAUUAUUUGCCACAACUCGUUCGUUUAUGGACCUACUGUGAUGAGUGAUAAUGGAGUAGUGAUAUCACAAAUGGAUCAACAAAUUUCAUACCAAAUCAACUUGUAUACUAUUCC